AUGUACGUUGGCAAUGUACGGGCCCCUCUCUGCAGCCUAGUAAGAGUAAUCUGCUGCUAUCUUUUCCCAGCAUACCGUUUACACACUGUGCUCCAGAACACCGUGCCACCCGUCCGUACCAUCGUCUGCACCGAUUUUUAUCUGGACCAGGUUGUUCUCCCUGACUCCAUGGUUCGCACUCUCGCAGGGAACCUUUCCUAUUGGGUUAUUUUAUCUAUAUUUAGUAUUCUAGAAUAUCUAGUUGAUCCUCUGCUCCAAUGGCUGCCUUUAUAUGAGAUCCUAAAGCUGGCAGCUCUGCUCUGGAUUGCACUGGGUAAUGGAUCUACUCAGAUAUAUCGGUUAAUAACAAAGAACAGAAAUGCUAUCCAGCUGCCCACGUUCGAUAGUCUCGCAGGGAUUUGGCGUGACAAAUUUAAGGAACUCUGGGUCAAGAUUUGGAAGCCGCCCCAUCCAGAGUUUGCACCUACCAAGUCAUCUAAGCAAUAG